CCGCCAUUAAUUUUUGCAUGGACACUGGGACGUAAAUUUUCUGAUAUAUUUAUGGAAUUUCUCGAGAAACUUGACAGGCGAUGACUAAUUGAUGACUCUUUGGUUUUGUUAAAAAGUAUAUAGCAUUUGUCUGCAGAAUUUUCUCUCUCUCAAAGGCGGAAGAGAUAGUGAAGAAAUCAAAAUGUCUGAGGAGACACCAGCUCCGCCGAUGGACGAAAAUGAAAAACGAAUUGUCAAUGAAUUCUGUCAUUUGUUGGAGAAAUCAAAGCAAUUGUUUAAUGGAUUGAGGGAUUUACCCCAGUAUGGUCAUAAACAAUGGCAGUCCUACUUUGGCAGAACAUUUGAUGUCUACACAAAACUGUGGAAGUUUCAGCAGCAACACAGGCAAGUUCUUGACGUGAAGUAUGGGCUGAAACGGUGGCAGAUUGGUGAAGUGGCCUCAAAAAUUGGACAGCUGUAUUAUCACUAUUAUUUACGCACAAGUGAGACAAACUACUUGAACGAGUCUUUCUCUUUCUACUCGGCAAUAAGAAUGAGAGCGUACUACUCAAAAGCAAAUAAGGAAGAAAGGCCAGAUUUGAUGGUGAAGAAACUGAGAUUCUACGCAAGAUUUAUUGUUGUUUGUUUAUUAUUGAAAAAAAUGAAACUAGUCAGAGACCUGGUGCGGGAAUUAUCCAAACAGAUAGAUGAUUAUACAGGGACGUAUGAGCCUGAAGAUCACAUGGAGUGGAAUCUAGUCUUAGGUGAAAUAAAGGCAUUUAUAGAGGCUGACAAUUUGAUAUCAGUGGUUGAUGUUGAUGCAACAGCCAUCGUACUAUCUCACAGAUUGACACCAUUAAAUACACCACCUUUGGACAAAAUGUCACAUGUACAUUUUACAUUGCAAGAAAUCAUUAUAGUGGGCAAUACACACGAACAGGUGAAGUUCAGUGAGCUGACGUUGGAUAUGUUCAGAAUGUUGCAGACGUUGGAACGGGAACCACAAGAGGAACUAACCAAUCAGAUCUAUGAUGCAUCCCCAGCUCCGGGACGUCAACCAUUUGAAAAUGGAGACAGACCAAAUAAGAGAGAAAACCCACAUAAAUACCUGCUGUAUAAACCUACAUACAGCCAGCUGAAUACAUUCCUGGCCUCCGGAUUUAAAGAACUACCUCCUAAUGGGGCUAUGCUGCUGUAUAUUUCAGCAGAUGGUUGCCAUGGAAAUGCAAAACAUACUGAUGAUGCUGCCUAUGACCUUGGUGGAGUGGUGACAAAUAGUCGGCGAGAUGGUGAGGUUACAACAACCACUGGAAAACCCAAACGGCCAGGAACACUCAAGGAAAUGCAUUGUUUACAUCCUGGCGAUUUGUACCCAUACACCAGAAAACCUUUGUUUGUCCUUGUAGACAGUGACAACAGCUCAGCAUUCCAGCACUUCCCAAACCUGUUUGGACAGCCAGUAGUGUGUCUCUUAUCCCCAGAACAGGUGCCUACCACAAUGCAGGAUAUGCGACAGAAAGGCAACUUGUUCACAUUAUUCCUGCAUUGUCCGUUGAUGGCUUUCUGCCAUGUAUGUAGCAUUAUAGAUAUACCAAUAACGAUGUGGGACAAGUGUCAGAUCUACGUCGACAGGUUCAUGGCCGAGGCCAGUAAACUUUUUGUACGAUCAAGGUCAAUAGACCAUGCCUAUAUGCAGUUUAUUGGUGACGACUUCCUGCGUCUGCUAAUGCUCAGAUUUGUCUUCUGCUACAUUGUACUUAUACUUCACCGUGGAUUUAAGGGUCCCAGUUUCUAUCCAUUGUCUCACCCGCCACUUCCAACCGAGGAGAUACUUGAACAUCCCACAUUGUGUAAAAUCGUGCUAGAUCUAACAGCAGUUCUUGAUUGUCGAGCGCUCUUUGCUGAACCAGGGGAAGGUGAUAUUCACGGAGCAACGUGAGAUCUGCCGCUAAUGUUAGAACCGGUUUUUAUCAAAUUUACUUCAAAAUACGCAAGUUUUUAUAUACUAGUUUUUGCUGGAUAUAUCAUAGAUAUGACUGUGCUUUGAAAAGGAGAAUUGGAAAGAUGAAUUGUUUCGAAUGUUACAUUAGUCAAAAGGAUGAUUUUUAAAAAAGCAUACUUGAGAAAUGACAAGAUUUUGAUUUUCAUGGUUGCUGUAACCUUGUCAACCUGUUAUCCCAUUGUCCAUAAUGGACUCUUCCUUUUGGGACACUUUUAUCAUAAAAUAUAGGGGUGUCAGGUGAGUGUGAAUUGUGUCGAUGGUUACUUCAAACAAAACCUUUGAUAACCAUAUUUGCUAUAAAAGAAUUUGAUCCUUUAGUUAUUUAAAUUGAAAAUGUAAUUUUGACACGUUAUAAAUGAAAGGAUUUUGAAGAAUCUUUGUUUUAACAGAAGUUUUGUAAAAUAUGUUAAUAAGAAGAGAUAUACAGAAGUCUUCGAUUGAUUGCAUUACACUUCUAGAAUAUUGUUCACCCUGAAAUUUCAUGUCGCUAUUCAUUUUAUAAUUUUGUACUUUAGACUAUAUAGACUGCUUUUUCUAUACUCUGUAAGAAUUAACCAAUGCAUAAUACCAUAGUAUAUUAAGAAUAUAAAUAAUUUUUUAUCAUUCUAGAAAAUACCAGUAAUCAAUGUCUUAAUUUUGUUUACAUACAGCUAAAAGUUUCCUGUCACAUUCUGAUGAAACCAGGAAAAAUUAUUCACUAAGUCGUUAAAAUGAUCUUUUGCAACUGGACUAAAGCAGUUCAUAAUACUAGUAACUGGGGAAAAUAUUUGAGUAACUUGGAAAAGUGAUUCUUUGUAACUAGGGCAAAUGAUCUUUUGUCACUGGACAGUUCUUUGUAACUGGGAAAUAGCUAUACAUUUGUAAGUGGGAAAUAGCUAUACAUUUAUAAGUAAGAAAUAGCUAUACAUUUGUAAGUGGAAAAAUAUAUUUUAGUGACUGGGAAAAGCGAUUCCUUGAAAUGAAAUUUUAGAUAUAGCAGACAUUGUUAAAAUCUUACAUGUCAAAAAUUAAUGUGUUUAUAAACCAGCUUGGGUACUAUGUACAUAUAUUAUUGUUUUUGAUUGCUGGGAAAUUUAUAUACAUAGUGCAGUGCUUUUGAUACCAAUCAUAGCUGAUUACAUAGUUUUAAAUAUUUCAUGAAAUUACGAAAAAAAUAUAACAGUUUAUUGUCAGCAAUUGUAGAUAUAAUUUCCUUUACAAACACAUUUAAAGGGGCACGCCUCAAGAUUUUGUCAUAUUUUUACAUUUGUUUUGUCAAAUUCAGUAGAUUUUUUUCAUUUCUAGUUUUACGUGUGUAGCAAAACUUGAUCUUAGAAUGAGAAAUUCAGCUGUACUUGACAAAUGAUUUCUGAAUGAUCUUUGUUGAACAAGCUGUUUGAAAGUUUCUUGUUCAAAUAUGAUAUAUUUGAAGACCUUCUCCUUUUAAAGUUUAAAUACCAUAUAUAAUGGGGUAAUUCAGAAAGCAAUAUAUCUCUUUUUUUGUGUAAUCAGUAUUAAGUGUGUAUGAUUUUCUUGGAAUUUUUACGUGUCUAACUUUUUUGACUUGGGUUGCACAUGAAAACAGCUGCUUGUUAUAGUUUAGAUUUUUUAUGCCUUUUCCAGAAUCAGAUUUUCAUAUUUCUAUUAAUUUCAGUUUUGUUUGCCUCUUGUCAGCAAAAAGAACAACAAAAGGAAAUACACUGAAUUAAUAUAUAAAUAAUUGUUCCAUGAAUGUGUUGUUAAUUUAAAAAAAAAAGAAUUACUUGUUGAAAUAGAAUUUUCACAAUGUAUGAAAUAUACGGUUAUUAUGUAACAAUAAUAAUAUCACAGUGGUGUGGGGGGACAUAAUGAUUUACUCCUGUCUGUGUGUCUGUCACAGAUCUUGUACGCACUCUUAGUCAAACAUUUUUUAUCCGAUCUUCACCAAACUUGAACAAAAUGUGUUUGACAAUAAGUCCUCGGCCAAGUUCGAUAACUAGCCAGAUUGGCCCAGGCACUUUGUAAUUAUGGCCCUUGAAACUUGCUUUUGAUAAUCAAAGCACUGAAAGUCUUAUAAGGAAGUUGUGGGAGACAUGCGCUUUUCUCAAAAGCAGCUCUAGUUUAAACAAGAAUAACACAUUUGCAAGUAUUUAUCUAGCAAAAAUAUAUCCUUUGCAAAAAUUGCAGAUUUUGAAUUUUUUAUUUCAAGAUAACAAAAUCCGAAGUUGCUGCUGUGUGAUAAAAAAACAACCUCUAUGUGAUUUAACACAAUAUCGGAACUUCAUGCAAGACUUCCAGGUCUUAUUUAAAUUUUCAUAAUCAAGUAAUAUGCAUUUUAGGUACAUAGCAUUAGUAAAUACUUUAUGAACCUUUGAAUCUCAAAUAUUAUUGAGUCUGUCAGUCUGUCGGUCUGUCUGCAAUUUUCGUGUCCGGUCCAUGUCUUUGUCAUCGAUGGAUGGAUUUUCAAAUAACUUGGCAUGAAUGUGUACCACAGUAAGACGACGUGGCGCGCGCAAGACCCAGGUCCGUAGCUCAAAGGUCAAGGUCACACUUAGACGUUAAAGGUCAUUUUUCAUGAUGUGCAUUGGUGUCCGGUCCAUAUCUUUGUCAUCGAUGGAUGGAUUUUCAAAUAACUUGGCAUGAAUGUGUACCACAGUAAGAUGACGUGUCGCGUGCAAGACCCAGGUCCGUAGCUCAAAGGUCAAGGUCACACUUAGACGUUAAAGGUCAUUUUUCAUGAUAGUGCAUUCGUGUCCGGUCCAUAUCUUUGUCAUCCAUGGAUGGAUUUUUAAAUAACUUAGCAUGAAUGUGUACCACAGUAAGACAACGUGUCGCUCGCAAGACCCAGGUCCGUAGCUCAAAGGUCAAGGUCACACUUAGACGUUAAAGAUCAUAUUUCAUGAUAGUGCAUUGAUGGGCGUGUCCGGUUCAUAUCUUUGUCAUUCAUGCAUGGAUUUUAAAAUUAUUGGGCAUGAAUGUGUACCACAGUAAGACGACGUGUCUCGCGCAAGACCCAGGUCCGUAGGUCAAAGGUCCUAAACUCUAACAUUGGCCAUAACUAUUCAUUCAAAGUGCCAUCGGGGGCAUGUGUCAUCCUAUGGAGACAGCUCUUGUUGUUUCAUGUUUUUUCUACUUGCUUAUCUAGCAUUAUGAAGUAAGGCAUUCCGUAGGAAAAUUUACAAGUGGUACAACUUUUCAGAGGAAAUUUCAUGUUCAGCGAUAUAGUCUUUCCAGAUGAAGUUUUAAUAAGAGAUAGUUAAGUGGUAAGCUUCCUCACCCACCGUUACAUUACAUAAGAAUCAGAUUUUUCUUGUGAUGGAGUGGUAAGAAAUACAUGUUUUUUUCUUGCAAUGAAUAUAAGGCAUUUUAAAAAAUUGUAAAUUAUUGGUAGUGUACAUGUGUAUUUAUAUGAGUGUGUUUGUAUUUAAUUUAUUAAUUUUACAUAUCUGUGUUAAAAUAGUGUUUAUUUUCACACAUGAAAUUUUAUCUUGUGUUUGAAGCAAAAUAUUUAUUUUGAAACGCUACUCUUUGAUUAAGCCUCAUUCCAGUUUUCAGUUCAUUCUGACUUUCAGCCUCAUUUUGAUUUUCAGCCUCAUUCCGACCUUCAUUCUCAUUCUCAUAAAUUUUCAGGUUCUGUAUUUGGUAAGUGGUGUGCCUCUUGCUCUGGUGAUUAAAGUUUUAACUUAAAGGCACAAACAGUUAUAAUAAUGAAUUUUAGUAUUUGGUUAUUUUGUUAACCAGGUAAUUGAAAUAGUAGAUGUAUGAAAUAGUGUUCUGUCAGUAGAAAAAUUUACACUGUAGAUUGUUUUAGGUAUAUAUCAUUUAAGAGAUUUUAAAGUUAUUUAUUCUGAACUCUUUAUCUAUUUGGGGCUCCUUGGUGAAGUGGUUAUGGUAACAGACUUUGAAUCACUUGCCCCUCUUUGAUAAGGGUUCAAGUUUCACUUCUUCAAGUGAGGAAGCCAUCCAGCCGGCAUACGAAGGUGGAUGGUUCUACCCAGGUGCAGUCCAGUGAUGAAAUCAUGCAUGGAGUGGCACCAGGGGUCUUCCUCCAGCAUCAAAAGCUGGAAAGUUACCGUAGGAUCUGUGUUGAUGUGACGUUAAACCCAGCAAAAACAAAACAAAACGUACCAGUUUAAAAAAUAGCAGAGUGACUACUGGUUAAUUGAAUAUUUACAACAACAUUCCACACCUGAUAUAAGAGGGAAAGAAAACAUUUUUUUCUAUUGCAUACAGAGCAGAACUGAACUGAACAGCAUUUUAUUUAUUUCUUAAGUAGCUGUGAUUGUUUUAGGUACCAAAAAGUUCAGUAAUUUAUUUCGGCAUUUGUUUUAGAACAACUUUCGUCUCUGAGUAGAAAUCUGAAUUUCAAAUUACUUUGUGCUCGUCUUUCUUUUGUAUUUUCUUAGCAGCCAUAUAACCCUGUUAAUUGUAUUUUGUUACGCAUAUUCUUGUUUGUGUGCUAUUUUGUUACUGUGUAUAUUUUGUUUUAUUUAUUUACUGCAGGGACUAUCAAUGUAGCGUUUUGCUUGCCAUAUUUAUAUUGUGUUGCAAUGUUUGAGCUUUGUGUGUAACACUUUUCUCUCAUUUCUAUGCCCCCAAAGGGAGGCAUAUUAGUUUUCAACUGUCCGUCCGUUCGUUAGUUCGUCACAACGUUAACUUUUUGCAUGAAGGCACUUUACUCAUGAACCACUGCACCCAGGACCUUCAAACUUCACGUGCUGAUAGUACUUACUGAGUACACCACCCCUACUGACUUUGGAGUCACCAGGUCAAAGGUCAAGGUCACCAGGUCAAACGUUAACUUUUUGCAUGCGGGCACUUUACUCGCGACCCACUGCACCCAGGACCUUCAACUUCACAUGCUGAUAGUAAUUAUUGAGUACACAACCCCUACUGACUUUAGGGUCACCAGGUCAAAGGUCAAGGUCACCAGGUCAAACGUUAACUUUUUGCAUGAAGGCACUUUACUCACGAACCACUGCACCCAGGACCUUCAAACUUCAUGUGCUGAUAGUACUUAUUGAGUACACGACCCCUACUGACUUUGGGGUCACCAGGUCAAAGGUCAAGAUCACCAGGUCAAACAUUAACUUUUUGCGUGAAGACACUUUACUCGCGAACCACUGCACCCAGGACCUUCAAACGUCACAUGUGGAUAGUACUUAUUGAGCACAAGACCCUACUGAUAUUGGGGUCACCAGGUCAAAGGUCAAGGUCACCAGGUCAAGGCGCUGCGGGGGCAUUUGUCACCAUUAGUGACAGCUCUUGUUUUUUUUAAUUUCAUACAAGUUUUAACUGUUACACACUCAACACUUGAGUUAUAUUUAAAGGCUCAAAAACAAACACAGUUAUGACCUUCUUGUAACAAAAGUAUAAUGUGUCCUGAUGAAAUACUAGUAGCCUGUUGGGUUGAACUAGACCUUGAUCAACUAGAGACUGCAUGUUUUCUCGCAAACAUUUCUCAAAUCUUGUUAUUGAGGUCAUAUAACCUUCGACCAAGGACAAGUAAGGGUAGCUUUAGACAUGAGCUUUGUUAAAAGACUAGAUAAUAUGUGGACAUAAACAACAAGAACAAUAAUGGGAACACAUGAUGCUAAUAGCUUAGUUAACUUUUUACUUAAUAAUUGCCUGCUUACUUAAGUUGUUACAUAUGUGGCAUAACUGACUAUUUUUAAGCCGAAAAUGAUUGUUUGUCUGUUGUAGAAUCUCAACCUUUGGUUUGUCUACCAAGAGGUAAAACUACCAGCUCUUAAUAUUGUACUGUGAACCAUAGUUACACUGACCAUUGCUUAUCAUACCUCCAAGUAUUGACAAUUAGGUCGAUUGUGAAGCAAGUACUACAACUUAUAUUAAUCACUCUUGACACCUCAUUCCUGAUGGAGUCCAUCACCAUGAGAGUAUGAGAGAAGAGAAGUCCGUUUCCCUUCUAGUGCUAAGCAAGGGAGCUACUGGAACAAUUUUUCAUGCCUUUGAUAUGACACGCGCUCUACCACUCGGAUAUUGAUACUUUGAACUUGGAAGAUCUUCUGUUGAUAGGCCGUAAUAUACAAAUAAACCAAAUCAUCAGAUACAUAAGAACAGUCAGUAUUCAAGUGAGAAUUUCUGUGAUCGGUAGCGAAUGGGAUUUCAAUAUAAUUUUGCCAGAAAAAGUUUACCAGUGAAGGUUGUAGACCACCAAAUUAUGCAUGUUUUUGUAUGAGAAAUUGACCAAGGUGCAUGUAAAUGUAAAAAUAUACAUGUCAUCUGACACAUUGUAGAUUACUACCAAAAAAGCACUACAAAUGUUGUUUUAUACUUGUAAUAAGGGGAAGUUGGUUAAGUUACCAUUCUUACAUGAUAAAAUAUGGUGUUUUAGAUAGCAUUUUAUGAGACGAGAUGAGAAUAUUUUAUCAGUAAAAUCUGAAUGCAGAUCGUUUGAAAGAAUGAAAUGCAGACAAGCAAAAUCAUAGCAGACUUGGUGUGAUAGAGUCAAGGCUGCCAUAGAUCAUUAUAAGUUUGUUGUGUUAGUUUUGUUAUUGUUACUUUGAAAGAUACGCACAUUUUAAACAAACAGCAUUUAAUCUAAUUCAGUGUUGUCCUUUUCAGUUGCAUGCUUCUUUCUCUGCCUUUCUAAAAGCUACAGCAUUAACAAUGUUCCAUUUGUUGUUGUUACACUUAUGUUUUGUAUAGCAUAUGUCUAACCAUUUUUGUUCCUAGUUUUUUGAAGAAAGGAAAAUUUGACGUGAUUUACCCUUUAUAAUAUAGAAAAAAAAAUUAAAAAUUUAGGUCCAGAGAAGAACAUCAAAAAUAUAAGAAAAUAGAACCUGAUUGACAGCCUGAUGUUAUUGUUUUGUUCUGCAUGUGAAAGCUUCCUUUAUAAAUUUCAUGUUACUGUAAGAACAUUGUUAAGUAAUCCCGAUCCUAGCUUAUUAUAUUCAUGGUGUGACAAUAUGUACUUCAUUUACAGCUUCAGCCUGAAGACAAAAAAAAACAAACUAUAUACUGUAGCAUGUCUGUGCGCUUUAAUAUUGUUUAUUUUAUAUCCUUAAAUGUAUCCAAUAUACCUUUCCCCAAUUACUACUUUUAAAGCAAUAGUAGAAACAUACCAAAUAAAUAACAGCAAAUAUUUACAGCAUAAUAAAUUUGCUUGCUUACUAUUAUAUAAUUAUAAUCCAGUAUAUGAUACAUGUAGGCAAAAAUGAUCCAUAUUGUAGCCUUGCAUUGUAUGUAUGUUUCCCUGCAUAUAAAGGCAAAAGUUAGCUUGCCUUUCUGCUGAAAAUGCCUUUAGGAAAUGCCUUGAAGUUUUAAAGUUUAAGAAAAAAUUCUUAAGCUACCAUGCACUGGCAGUCUAUGCUGAGUCUUCUUUUAGACAGCAGUAAAGUAAAGUAUAUUAUGCUUUUUAAGGAUUUUGGAAAACACAAAUUACAGUUAAACUAUUUAAAUAUGCCCAUGAGAAAAGUCUUGGGAAAGCACUUGAUGUUUUGUAUACUUAGUUACAUACUGUAAUUUUAAGUUGAAUGUUUUCUAUCAUACUCUAUACUCAACCUGCCAUAUAUUUAUUCUGCAUUGUUCUCAGUUAAAAUACAGAACACCAAUCUUUCUUACAAAUGCCCCUUUCUGCAUGCACAUUAUGCAUGAAACAAAUGAGCUGCAACAUGAGAAAACCAACAGUGCAUUUGCAACCAGUAUGGUUCCAGACCAGUCUGCGCAUCUGCAUGGCUGGUCUGGAUCCAUGCUGGUCACAAAUGCACUAUGUUGUUUUUCUCAUGGUGCGGCUCAAAUUACCAGUGUAAUUCUUUACUAAGAAGAUAAAGGAAACAAACUACUUCCUUUAAAUUUUCCUGAAAUUAAAAAAAAUGAAAACAAUACAGUAAAAACAAUGAUUUUUGGUCAUGAUGCACAAAGGUAUCAUGUGGCUGACACAUUUUUUGGUCCAGAUAUAAAAUAAACAUCAAUCUUGUUUAGUCCUGUUUUUGACAAAUGUUUUCACUUAUAUUAGCAAAUGUUUGAAUGUUGCUUAAUAUCAGAGAAAGUAUUAUUGAAUCAGUUUCUUUUUAUUACCUCCCUUUAUGGCUUUUAACUGUUCAUGAGUAUUGAUAGCAGUGCAUUUCUUACUUUUUGAUUAUGUAUAACAUCAAAUUGGACAGCUGCUUUAUCUGUUAACAUAACUUUAAAGCCUUAUGUAACUUUGAUUUCCUUUUCUACUGGGAUAAUAAAAAUACAACUUGGGACACCAAGUUAAAUUUGGAAUAAUUCAGUAACUUAUGGUUGGACCACUGUCCACACAACUUUAGGAAAAUCUGUAGCAACACAGUGCUCUUUGUCUUUUUAGUUCAUUCCAUGCCAAUUAAAUAAUUUAUAUUAUACAUUUAUUUUUCUGUGAUAUUUUAUUAUUUUUUUUUUAUUUUUUUUUACUUAGUUUGGUAUUUUUAAAUGUACUAUAUCUACAUGAUGUAAAUGUAUAAGGCUUUGAUGUGAAUUAUUCAGGUCAAAUUUUAAUAAAUUGAAUGUGAAAUAUCUA